GCUGUUUUUUUAUCUAUGUAACGAUUCAAACUUUAUUAAUUACUCCCAUAACUCAGCGAAAACCUCUUCGUUUGGAUUCCGAUCAGCUCGCUUCUCCCCCAUCCCCACGCAACCUACUGUUCUCCAAUAAUUCUCAGCUGGAUCUCACACUUUUGAGGAUCCAAACUUCUUACUGAUGCUGCUGAUUGGAGAUUGGAUUUUGGAUGGGGCUUAGAGAUAGUGUAGACAUGAAAGCGCUCAGGGCGAAGUUUAGAGUAGCAACUGUGGUUAUAGUGUCCAUAUGGAUUGGGCUUCCAGGAGUGUAUCAUCUGCUGAAGCCAGUAGAAAAUGGUUGUGUCAUGACGUAUAUGUAUCCGACAUACAUUCCACUUCCCACGCCUAAGAAUGUGUCGACUAGUAAAUAUGGUUUGUUCUUGUACCAUGAAGGCUGGAGAAAGAUUGAUUAUAAUGAUCACCUUAAGAAUAUAAAUGGUGUGCCAGUUCUUUUUAUCCCAGGCAAUGGUGGAAGCUACAAACAGGUCAGAUCCCUUGGUGCAGAGUCUGAUAGGGCUUAUAGAGGAGGUCCACUUGAAUGGGACUCUAACCACGCUUAUCCAAUUUUUGGAGAGGGCAUUGAUAUUGAUUUGACUAACAUUUUGUUACCUAGUCAAUAUACUUCCAUGCUUGAUUGGUACGCAGUGGAUCUUGAAGGUGAACAUUCUGCAAUGGAUGGUCGGAUUCUUCAAGAACACGCAGAAUAUGUAGUAUAUGCCAUUCACACGAUUUUGGAUCUAUAUAAAGAAUCGCAUGCUGUGCAUGCAAAAGGUGGUCUCCCUAAAAGCGUGAUAUUAGUUGGUCACUCUAUGGGUGGUUUUGUUGCUAGGGCUGCAGUAGUGCACCCCCAUUUGAGAAAGUUUGCUGUUGAAACUAUUCUGACGCUCUCUACGCCCCAUCAGUCUCCUCCUGUGGCAUUACAGCCAUCCUUGGGCCACUAUUAUGCACAAGUAAAUCAGGAAUGGAGGAAAGGAUAUGAGGUCCAAACCUCUAGAACUGGGCGCUACUUGUCAGAUCCUUUGCUUUCCCAUGUUGUCAUCAUCUCUGUUUCUGGUGGUUAUAAUGAUUACCAGGUACGCUCGAAAUUAGAGUCCCUUGAUGGCAUUGUUCCUCACACACAUGGCUUUUUCAUAAGUAGUACUGGCAUGAGAAACGUGUGGUUAUCAAUGGAGCACCAGGUUAUCUUAUGGUGUAAUCAGCUAGUUGUGCAAAUGUCUCACACUCUCCUCAGUCUGAUAGACACGAAGACAGGCCAACCUUUAAAUGAUGUACAGCAAAGACUUGGAAUAUUCAAAAAAAUGCUCGAUAGUGGCAUUCCGAAGGACUUCUUUGCAUCGACACAACUGCAACAAGCACAUAAAUCUGACCAUAUUCGUGAUAAAAAGAAGAAAGUGAAUCCUGGACUGAGUUCUGGAGUAUCUGGUUGUCCAAGUAGUAGCCAAUGGAGUGAAGAUGGACUUGAAAGAGACCUCUACAUCCAAACCAGUACUAUCACUGUUUUAGCGAUGGAUGGGAGAAGACGAUGGUUGGACAUUCAAAAACUGGGUGAGGAUGGAAAAAACCACUUUGUUUUCGUCACAAAUCUUUCACCUUGUUCUGGUGUGAGACUACAUCUUUGGCAAGAGAAGGAAACUUCAGCUUCAGAAGUUUCUAUGAACAAACGGGUUGUUGAAGUAACAGCUAAAAUGGUGCAUGUUCCAUCUGGACCAGCUCCAAGGCAGAUUGAGCCAGGAAGUCAAACUGAACAAGCUCCUCCAUCUGCAAUAUUUUGGUUGGGUCCUCAAGAUAUGCAUGGCUUUCGGUUUCUGACAGUUUCUGUGGCUCCCCGCCCAACUAUUUCAGGGAGACCCCCACCAGCUGCAUCCAUGGGAGUCGGACAAUUUUUCAAUCCAAAGGAUGGAGAGAAAGUUUUCUCCUCUUUCCAGUUGAUCAGUUCAUUAUACACGGAACAGGAUAUGACUUUGAAGGAAGAUCAUCCUCUUGCUCUCAGUCUUACAUUCUCUGCUAGCUUAGGUCUUCUUCCUGUUUCUUUAUCUAUCAAAACAACUGGCUGUGGGAUUAAAAAAUCAGAAUUUCCCAUUGAAGAGUCUGGAGAUGAGGAAACAAGUAGACUUUGUAAGAGACGCUGUUUCCCACCUGUGGCACUUGCUUGGGAUGCGAUAUCUGGCCUGCACGUUUUCCCUAAUCUGUAUUCUGAAACAAUUGUUGUGGAUUCUUCUCCAGCACUCUGGAGUUCUUCUCAAAAUUCUGACAAUUCAAAUGUUUUGUUACUGAUAGACCCACAUUGCUCUUACGCAAGCACUAUUGGUGUCUCCGUUACUGCUAGUUCUGGUAGAUUCUUGCUUUUAUACUUCUCUCAGAUCAGUGGUCUAUGCUUCUCUGUUGCAUUUUUUGCUCUGAUGCGGCAAGCAUAUGCAUGGGAACUUGACCAGCCUAUACCAUCGCUGUUAUCUGCUGUUGAAUCAAACUUGCGAAUCCCUAGGGCAUUUUUCUUCCUCGCCAUAUUGCCUAUUUGCUUUGCUGUCCUCUUGUCUUGCCUAAGCUCUAAAGCCCUUCCUCCAAUUAUAAGUUUCACUGUUGUCGCAAUCCUUUGUUAUGUUUUUGCAAAUGGCGCGAUAGUUCUCUUGAUAUUACUUUCCCAAAUGCUUUUUUAUGUAGCCGGCAUUCUACAUGUAGCUGUCAAGAAAUGGUGGCAAGUUUGUGAAAGGAACUUCUCCUUUCAUUUUCUCCAACGGAUCUCCUCCAGCUUUGCAUCUACCAGGGUGGUAAGGAUUUUGAUGGCGAAUCCUCUGCUUAUCACGUCAUUGCUUGCUGUUAUGUUGGUGUGUCUUGUGCAUCCAGCACUAGGCCUAUUUGUAUUGCUCUUAUCACACGUUCCGGGCUGCCACAGUGCUCUAUCCAGUUUUUUGAUGGCUUCAUUUCGCAGCCAUGUCCAGACCAAGGAAUUUUACGAAUCUGGGAGUGAAGGCGAAGGUACUGAUAUGGUACAUAACUCCAGUUACGAUAACAACAGCAAGCUGUUCCCGACAAAUGAGACACUUAGAGGUAGCCCCAAAUACACAAAAAGCUAUGGUGAUGCACAAUUAGAGAUCUUCCACCACCGGCAUGGGUUGCUUGUUUUACAUUUGCUUGCAGUAUUGAUGUUUGUCCCUUCACUUGUGGCCUGGCUUCAGCGGAUUGGUAUUGGUCAAAAUCUUCCGUGGUUCUGGGAUUCUGUACUCAGCAUUGGGGUCGUACUGCAUGGUUUAUGCAAUUCCAAGCCCGAAUUCAGUUUCUAUCUAUUUCCCAUUGGAUCCUGGGAAAUUCGACUGAGCUUUGCUUAUCUUGUUGCUGGAUACUUUUCCUAUCUUUCAGCCUUGGCAUUGGCUCCCUACAGAGUUUUUUACGCAAUGGCUGCAAUUGGAGUCGUCUCCUUCGCUUUCAGAGUCAUACAGAGGAAGAACGGCGAGGCAUAUCACCGCAACAGAAAACAUUCCCACAGACAUUGAUUCAGUUCUUCUGCGGUUGAGGGAUUAGUUCUUGCCUGUUGUACUCAACUGAGAACUUGAGUUUGUGAUGUUGUAGAAAUGUGUAUUUGUUGGUACAUGAUUAAAUUUUGAUAGAAAUUAACUCCUUAGCCAUUCUUGUCUCUAGUUUCUGAUUGGCAGAAAAGUUUUGAACUGAUUUAGAAACUUUUUAGAUGGUCACUAAUUCUAUAGUUUGAUUUGUUUCCAUUUGUCA